CAGAGUAGGCUCUCUGAAAGAAGGAGUUUAGAAUGAAUCCUUUAGAAUGGAUCAUUGAACGAGUCGUUUUUGACACUGAGAAAAAAGGUAUUUCUUAUCUAAUGCUGCCAUUUAAAUUAUGAGCAAAUAAAAAAUUAUAAUAGGUGCUCUUUAACACAUGUAUAAAGACAUUAGUUAAUUAAUAGUGUGCUUCAAGACCUGAACUGUGUUUGUCAGAUAUGGAAGCCAUGCAAAACUUGGAAGUACUAUGGCUCCCCAGGAACAGGGUUCCUGAAAUCUAGACAUUGUGAAAUACAGUGUUGAACUCAUUGCUUAUGAUCAAGUAUGUUCACAAGAGUUACAGCUACUCGGCUGGAAUGCCUUGGUGCGUUCACCUCUCAUUUCAUUUUCUUAUCUCUCUUCAUUUUUUUCUCAGAUGAUAAGGAUAAUUGUGGGACUGGUUGUCUCAUCUGCCCUCUCAUCGGGGAUGAUCAUUGAUGAAAAGGGGAUCCCAGGGCCUCCACCUCCUGGCUCACCUGACAGUCCCAUUCCUCCUUUCGACUAUUUUGAUGGCUCUGCUGUGCAUAAUAACAUUCCUACGUAUGCCUAUGAUAAUCACCUUGUGCCAAAAGGAGGCAAUCCCAUAGCCAGAGAUGGCCAGGUGAUGCCAUACGAUGACUCAUUGAAUAGGUAUCCUAUGCCCAUUUUACCAAUCCUGCCUGACGGAUAUCCCCUGCCUACCAGACAACAACCAGACUUAUCAUACUGUGACUUGCUCCUUCAAGAACCAAUGCCUCCACCUGUGGAUCAGAUACCCUGGUUCUGUGUUUGUUCCCAAUGUAGAGGGGGUAAAAGAGGCCCAAAGGGGGACAAGGGAGAAAUGGGGCAGCCAGGUCCUCACGGUAGUCCAGGAUUAAGAGGCUUGACAGGUUUUAUUGGUCACCCAGGAAUUAUUGGUCAUCUGGGACCGAAAGGUCAAAGUGGUGAUUUUGGUGAAAAAGGAGAUCAGGGUUCAUUGGGGUAUACAGGACCUAAAGGAGAGCCAGGUGUCAAAGGUGAUAAAGGAGACAAUGGUGUGGAUGGGAAUCCAGGACAGCAGGGACCACCUGGUGAACCAGGAGGGUGCCCAGUAACUUGUUUCUCCAUCCAGGGAUCUCCAGGAGAAGUCGGCCCACCUGGGAUUACAGGGGGAAGAGGACUUCCAGGGUUAGAAGGAACUCCCGGGCCGAAGGGCCAGAAAGGGGAACUCGGGAAUAAUGGUCCACCUGGAGCUCCAGGUUUAGAUGGCCAGAAAGGAAAUCAGGGAGAAACGGGUGAAUGCCAUUGCAAGGAUGGGCUAGAAGGUGCAAAUGGCAUAAUAGGGCUUCCAGGACCAAAAGGUAGUAAUGGGUACACAGGCCAUGAAGGUGCAGCAGGGCUAAAUGGAGUCAAAGGGCAAAAAGGUGAUAUUGGUGAAAUUGGUCUUCCUGGCCCUUGUUCUCCAGCAAUACAGUCCACUUUUUUAGCUGCACUAAGCAGCAGUUACCCACUGCCAGAUUUUCCAGUUCCUUUCAUUAAUGUUAUUUACAACAGAGGGUUUAGCUUCAACCACUUCAGAGGGGUCUACAGGGCACCGGUUAAUGGCACCUAUGUCAUCAGCUACCACUUGGCUGUCUCCAGCAAACUGCUCAGAGUGGGGCUCUUUCACAACUUCACACCUAUCGUGAAAAGUUCAGGAGUGACAAAUCUUGGUACAGUGUCUCAACAGGUGGUCCUGCACCUUGUCAUGGGUGAUGAAGUAUGGCUACAGGUGAAGGAUGUAAAUUCCAAUGGUUUGUAUACCAACGCUGAGUGCAGUAGUACAUUCACUGGCUUCCUCCUCUACCCAGACAGCUGUGAUAUGCCAAUGUCACGUGACCUUCCAGAGCCUACAAGCGGAACUUACAACUGGGGAGAAAUAGAGGAGCUCACCACUGUUGCCCCAGAUGUCCAGCACUAACAACCCUCCCUAAAACACGAAAACAGGCAAAACACAAAAUUCCAGAUGUAGUGCCUUUAAAAAAUUCAAAAUCUUGUUAAGGGGGUUUCUGAGGUGAAUUGAAAAGACUCAAAAGUGGAAUAAAUUGUUAUUCUUAAAGGGAUAGUUCACCCCAAAAUGAAAGUUUUCUCAUCAUUUGCUCACCAUAAUGCAAUCUCAGAUGUGUAUGGCUUUCUUUUUUCUGCUGAACACAAAUGAAAGUUU